CCUCUAUGGCGCGCCGCCCUCCGCGGGAGAGGAGCGGCGCUCCCGGCCUGCCCCGCGCGUGCAACGGCCCGCCCAGGCCGGGCCCGGCCCCGCCAGCGCCAUGAAGACCCCGGCCGAGGAGGUCGCCGCGCUGCCGCCCUCAGGUGGGUCCUCCGGGCCGGGGCCGCCCUCUUGCGCGGCCGGGAGAGGAGCGGGCGAGCUCCGGAGACCCCUGCCCUCGCCUGCCCUUGCGGACGCGGGGGCCGAGGGCGUCGGGGAGGCGAUCCAGCUGAAGGUGCCGGCGCUGCAGCAGCUCUACCACUGGGACUGCGGGCUGGCCUGCUCCAGGAUGGCGCUGCGGUACCUGAACCUGCUGAAUGAUGAAGACUUCCAGAGAGCAGUCCGGGACCUCCAGUUGACCAAAAGUAUCUGGACAAUUGACUUGGCCUACCUGAUGCGUCACUUUGGGGUGAAGCAUCUAUUCUGCACCCAGACGCUGGGCGUAGACAAGGGCUACAAAAACCAGUCUUUUUAUAGAAAACACUUUGACAUAGAGGAGAACCGUGUAAACCAACUGUUUGCCCAAGCAAAAGCCUGCAAGGUGCUGGUGGAAAAACGCACGGUGACCGUCGGGGACAUCCAGGAGCACCUCUCUCAGGGCCACAUCGCCAUCGUGCUGGUCAAUGCUGUCUUGCUGCUGUGCGACCUCUGCUCCAGCCCAGUCAAGUACUGCUGCUUCCUGCCCAUCGGCCAGAAGUGCUUCUGCCGCAGCCCCGACUACCAGGGCCACUUCAUCGUCUUGUGUGGCUACAACAGAGCUUUGGAGUGCAUUUAUUACAACAACCCUGCCUACGCAGACCGAACAUGCAGCACCAGCAUCCAUAACUUUGAGGAAGCCAGGACCAGUUACGGCACAGACGAGGAUAUCCUCUUCAUUUAUCAAAACAGCUGACCCUCCGGCUGGGGCUCCCAACUCAUCGCCAUUGUGGCAGCCAUCUCAGGACUCUGAGACCUCCGCUUCUGCACUGUGCCGGGUUGGAAGCAAAGGAGGCGUUAAGACUCGGGGAGAUGGAAGGGAGGAGAAUGUAUUUUAUGCCACCUUAAAAGCAGAAUGUCCUUUGCAGUCACAAUGAAUAACAGGAUGCGUUUUCCAGUCGGGGUCUGUCUGGGGACCCCAAGAGAUUUUGCUGGGGGAUGGGAUCUCAACUCUGGUCCCAGAUCAAAUCUCGGCCAGUCCCCCCUCCCUAAAGAAGACUGAACUCUGAAACAAAAUGAGAGUGUACAGGGACUUUUCAGGUGAGACGCAAGUUUGGCAGUGUUGGCAGAAGAUGGAAUUCCUUUUUGGAAAAGGUUUUCUCAGAGGACUUAAAUAUUUUCUUUAGGACUACAGGUUUUGGACUGUGUGAAUCAGCACUUUUGUCAAUCAAUCAUAUUGAAUAACGUCCAUUUAAUUGAUAUUCAGUGAUUAGAUUACCUGUGAAAGGUCUUUUAAAAGACAACAGUAUUUCAGAGACGCAGCUGCGUCCUUGUUCUAGUUCAGCAGUCCCAGUUCAUCAGCAUUUUCCUCCUCGAGCUCAUCACAGGCUCAUGUUCACCCAGAAGCCAACCUUGCUAGAUGCAGUCAGCUCUUCCUCCCAACUCAGCCAGGACGGACAUCCGAGCACCACCAGUCCUAAGGAUGCUGCACUUUGAGCUGUCCUUAGCUCCUACCAUCUGAGCGAAGCUGUGUGCCUGCUUCCCACCCUUUGCCCCAAGUUAGCUGGCCAGGUAAUGGCCACUCUGGACCUCAAGCUUGCUCUGCCAGUUUAAAGUGGCUACAGCAAGUCCAAAUGUGAUCUGUUUUGGCCCCAAGAAGGGCUGUAAGCAUUCAGGAGAAGGGCAGGAGCCUCCUCCUGUUGGGCAGGGAACUUGCCUUGGGCUGGAAAUCUGCCAGGGACUCCCAACUCCUUGGCAUUGCCUGCUGGGCGGGGGAGAGCUACGCCUGUCUGGGAGGCCCAGGUUUCUACCUCAACACACCGUAUUUGCUCUCGGCUGAGGGGGACGGGGGUUGCUUCCCUGAAGGCUUCAAAUAACUAUGCUGUAUGUCUGCUCUGUGGUCAAAUUCUUGUAAGUGCCUAUUAAUGGCAGAGAAUUUUGGGGAGCAUCUUUGAAGUUAUCCAAGCGAAGGAAGCCGGGUGAGGAGCCAAUGGAAGUGGGCAGGACAAGUGACAUGUUUGGGGCCUCUGUUGCUCCCAUCCAGUGAAGUUCUUGCACAGGAAGGAGUCCAGCUUUCAAAACCUUUAGUAUUGUUGAGGCUUCAGUGUUAUUUCCGUCUUGCCUGCUCGUAGUAUUGGUUUUGUUCAUAAACAGUAAAGGCUUAACGUGCUGCUUAAUCUCCUAGUCUCCAGUUUCAGGGUGCUGCUUCUCAGGGGCUCCCUCUGAACCAAGCCGAGCUGAAGCACAGCAGCUGCUUUCCUAAGCAAACUCCUUAACAAGGGUGAGGAGGCAGCUCCACCGGCCGGAAGGAUUGCUUGGUUACAAGAUGCCACCUUCACAAAGGAAACAUUCACACGGCUGAAGUUGGCCAUCUGUCCUGGUAUCCUCCAGUUACGGGAUGAUGUGUGGCUGGCCUUGGAGGCCAGUGGGGGAGGCUCCCCAAUCUUGGUGCAAAACCUGCAGAGGGGAAAGUUCUGCCUUCCCUGCCGAGAGGGCAAAGCUGCUCCCGGCUGAGCUGCUGGCGCAAGAGAAGGGGCAGGAGGCUGUCUUGCGGGGGGGGGGGGGCGGGACAGGGGCAUUGGGAAAGUCAGAACAAGGCCUGCCUCGGCCCUGCACGCUUCCUCUUCAUUUGGGUGCUCUGAACAAUUCAAUGUUUAUGCAAACUUCAUGAUCACAUGACAGUAAAAGGGAAGAAAAUCUGCAAACUAAGUUUUAUAUACAAAAAUAUGUUUGUAAAUCAUUCAAUAAACCCUGCUUUCUUGAG